ACUCUGUCGUGUGGAAUACAAUAGGGUAACGAUACAUGUGGAUUAGGCUAUUCCAGUUAUAAACAUCGAUGGCCCCAUUAAAGUUUGAAUUAGUAGCCAAAUGUUCAACCACCAAAGCGAGAGUUGGAAUCAUGACGUUGACACAUUCAACUGUCAAUACACCGGUGUUCAUGCCGGUAGGCACUCAGGGAACACUAAAAGGUCUAUUACCCGAUCAAAUGUUGGAUCUAAAUUGUUCAAUAAUGCUAGGAAAUACAUAUCACUUAGGCCAUAGACCAGGACCAGAACUUUUAGAUGCGGCUGACGGUUUGCAUAACUUUAUGAGAUGGAAAAAUUCAUUACUUACCGACAGCGGAGGGUUUCAAAUGGUCUCAUUGCUGAAAUUAGCUGAAAUAACAGAAGAAGGAGUAAGAUUUCAAUCUCCGCACGACGGAUCCAUGAUGAUGCUAACGCCUGAACAUUCAAUGCAAAUUCAGAAUUCCAUUGGAGCAGAUAUAAUGAUGCAAUUAGACGAUGUAGUAGACAGCAAAAUAACUGGUCCCAGGGUGGAAGAAGCAAUGCAUAGAUCCAUUAGGUGGUUGGAUAGAUGUAUUAAAGCGCACAAGAAAACUGAAACUCAGAAUCUUUUUGCAAUUGUUCAGGGAGGUUUAAAUCCCGAGCUAAGAAGACAGUGUGCUCAAGAGAUGAUCAAAAGGGAUGUGCCUGGUUAUGCCAUAGGCGGUUUGAGUGGUGGUGAAGAAAAGAAGCAUUUUUGGAAAAUGGUAACACUGUCGACUGAUUUACUGCCUACUACAAAACCGCGUUAUUUAAUGGGUGUUGGAUUUGCAGUCGAUUUAGUUGUCUGUGUCGCGUUGGGCUGCGACAUGUUUGAUUGCGUUUUUCCUACAAGAACGGCCCGAUUUGGAACAGCAUUAGUUCGUUCUGGGCAACUCAAUUUAAAAACUCAGAAAUAUAAAUUAGAUAUGAGGCCAAUAGAUGAAGAAUGCGACUGUGUAACCUGCAAAAACUAUACUAGAGCUUAUUUACACACAAUAGUAACCCAGGAAACCGUUGCAUCGUCUCUCUUGACGAUUCAUAAUGUUGCUUAUCAGCUCAAGCUGAUGAGUGAAAUAAGGGAAAGCAUAAAAAACGAUAAUUUCCCAAGAUAUGUUAAAGAAUUCUUUCGAAACAUGUUUCCAAAAAAAGAUUAUCCAUCAUGGGCAGUUGAUGCUCUGAAAUCAGUUCAAAUCGACCUUGUCUCUGGUACAUAG